AUGGCGACAUUGCUUAGGGCGAGUUUGCAUUUUCCUUUCAAUAAAAAAACCAAUGAAUUUUUGAAAGAGAUUCAAUGACAGCAAAAAAAAACAGGCAGUGAGGAGCCAUUCUGCUGGCCAUUUUUUCCUUCUAAUAGCACACGUCGAACAAAAUUAUCCUCAGAUUUUGUUCUUGACGGUGGUGCUGAGCGUGACGUCGGCAGAGGUCUACGACGACACUUUCACGGCUCCCGAAGAGGAAAAAGUCGAACAAGCGGAAUGUUUUUCGCCAUCGCCGAUCUCGUAAACGUGAAGUUCAGGUGCCGUCAACGAGGUCUGGAUGGAGUGUUCAUCAUGUGAACAAAAAUGCGGCCAGUCCCCUCAGGUUCGUGAUUAUUUUAUACGAACAAAGGGGGUUUUGUAGGUUUUUUCCGUUGAGACGUUCAAUCGUAUCGCUUUUAAUUUGAUAAAAAUGAUAUAUUUUGAGCCGUGUCCACGAGUCUGCCAACCAGCGAGAUGUCAGUGCCCAGCUCAUAAAGGAUUCAAACGCGACGUCGCCGGAAAAUGCGUUUUUUGUGAAUAA